ACUGAAAUAAAUAUUUAGAUAGAUAAAAUAAAAAUAAAAUAAAAACAAAAUAUAAUAUUUGACAAUAACAUAUCCGUAUUCUGUAAUAAAUAAAUAGAGACAUAUCAAAUAUCACGAACGGUUAAGUUGCGCGGAUUACACAGGUUUGGUGUGGUGGUUUUGUUAAAAUCAACUGUGAUACUUGCGGUAGUUUGCUAGUGAUGUGAUUAUUGAUGAAAAGGAUACGAAGAACAAUUUAUAUUUAUUACUAAGGCAUGGAAGCGGCGAGGUAGUGGAUAGGUAAGGUGCCGGCGCGUAUGGGCAGUCUACCUGAUCUGACGGAGCGUUCGCGUCCGCCGGCCGGCCGCACCGCCGCGCGGACCGUGUCCGACCCGCAUCGGCACCGGACUAUCAUCGCCCAGAUACCAGUGAGCACAAUUUGCAAGAAAGAAUGGCUAUGGAAGAAACCGAAAACACCUCUCAGAGUUGCUGCACCAGCUGUUGUGCCUCGAAGGAGGGAUUCAGCAGCGUCCUCCCUCGGUGCGGCGUCAGUACGGAAACUCCUGGCCAGGCAACCACCAAAAGUGCCAAAACCCAUUGUCAACCGUUUCACUCUUCUGUGCCUCUCAAGCGGCCUCUGUGCGACAGCCUUGUUACCCUUCACUGCAUUCGCUGGCGCCGAAGCUGCUGCUAUGCCCCUUGCUCUGAUGCAUUCUAUAGCUGCCAUUAUAGCACCAUUCUCUCCUCUGAUCCUCCAAAAAGUGGGAGCAAGAAUAGUCAUAACUGUUGCGCAUAUUCUGGUGUUUCUCCUUAUAACAGCGCAUACAGUGGCGACUCCAUUAUCUGUUUUGCUACCUUUGUAUGGGCUAUGUGGUGUAUCGUUGUCACCAAUGUCUCUGGCUCUGACAGCGUCAGCUACAACAUUAGCUCAAGCUGCUGGCGACGAGGUCAGAAGAAAAAUCGCUCUGAGAAGAGCGUUGAGAGCGCUACGUGCAGCACAAGACUUGGGGCUGGUGUUUGGCUCACUUCUUCUCGGCGGCGCUUUAAUGAUAUGGCCGGAAAAUUUAAUGCCGUUAGCGCAAACGUCUGCGGCCCCUACCAAUGUUACUUUACCCCAAUGGCCACCGUCUGAGGAAUACUUUCUAGAGGAUGAUUAUGAGGAGCAAACUUGCGGUGCAUCUGGUUGUCCUAACACCCAGUCUUUAUCUGGCACCGCUUUAACAGCUGAGGGGAGGCGCAUCCUGGUAGCGGUGUGGGCAUCCGUGGCUCUAGCGUCUAUUGGAUUAGGCGUGUACGGUGCCUCAUCCACGCCUGGCCCUCCACCCGAUGCGAGGUCCGUUGUGAAGGACCCCCGAGCGUUGCUUGGGGCCCCAAUGGGCCUCUUUAUUGGGUUACAACAGGGAUUUAUUUAUACCUCAUAUAUUAAGUGGUACGGAGUUUGUGUUGGGGGAUGGAGUUGUGCCUGGAGAGCUCUGUUCGGCGCUGGCUGUUUACAGGCAUUGGCAGCGGCGACUCUUAGCAUGGCAGCGGCGCGGGGCCGGCGCGGUGCGCUGGCGGCGGGCGGGGCGGCGGCGCACGCGUCGCUGAUGCUCGCGCUGCUGCGUUGGCGCGCUGCCCGCACUGACCUGGCGCUGCCCGCCGUCGCCGCCGCCGCCUGGGGCGCUUGUGCCGCCUUGUGGGACGUACUUCAGGCGGGCGCGUGCAUCGGCGGCGCGGGGUGGCGCGGGCCGUGGGCGGCGACGCUGGGCGCGCGGCACGCGGGGCUGGCGGCGGCGUGCGCGGCGCGCCAGCUGCUGUGUGCGCGCGCGCAGCUCGUCGCGCUCGCCGCCGCGCUCUUCACCGCGCUACUCUCACACGCCGCGCUCGAGCUGCGCCUGCGCAGAGGCGAGGCAGGUCGUCACAGGUCCUAGCGAAGAGCCACGGCGACGCAACUCGCCUCAUUAGCGCCCACGUCAGAUGACGCGACAGAGGGGAGCGUCGCCCCUUGUCACAUUAUCAGCUAAUACAUGUAAAUAUGUAUGACGUCAGUAGGACGUCACCUUUGGACAUUGUGGAUUAUAAGUAAAUUAAGAAUAACAGAUAACAUCGUUGACAUAUUGCGAACAAUGCCAAAAUAAGUAUCAUAAAAAUCCAUGUACAUUAUUUUUUAUAUCAUUCCCCAACUUAAAUUUUGUAAUUAGUUGUUAUAAACGCGUCAUGUUAUCAGCUAAUACAUAUAAAUAUUAGGACGUCAAUAAGACGUCAUUUUUGGACAGUGUUGUGUAUAGGUAAUACAAAUGGUUCCGUUAAAAUUUUAUCAAAAUCGACUCAAUAGUUUUUAGUUAAAAUAACUAGUUUUGUCACUUGUUUUUUUAUUGUUUGGAAAACUAAUUUAAUUUCAAUGACAAAACAAUUUUGUUCAUUGAUUGAAAUCUGUUUUGAAAAGUACAACUUGAAAAAAAAAAUAUGCUUAAUACGAGGAAGAUUUUUGUAUAUUUUCAAUAAAUAAAUUUUGGAAAUGUUACUGUGAUGACCUUGGUCAAAUUUUAUUGUUUUAUACUGAACAUAAAGGACAAUUUUAAUUCUAUUAAUUCAUCUAUAUUAAUAAAAUCUAAAAAUUGUUUUUUUUUUUUCUAAUAAACAAAAUUAACUUUUUUUUUUUCUUAUAUGUAUUUUGUUGUUACUAGUAUUAAUCCUGGCGAAAAAUAACCGUUAACUAUAAGAUUUUAAAAGAUCAAUGUCAACAUUUGAAUUCUGCAUUUAAUUGUGUCACAUUCACUUCAGUGAUUGUCGAUCCAUCUCGCUAAUUACUAGGUUAUUUUUUGUUUAAUCUCUACCAUUCAUUAUUGUAUAUUCAUCAUUCUACAUUCAUUACUGAAAAAUGUAAUUUUAAUGUUCACUCAAAUACUUCGUAUUAUAAAAUAAAAAGAAAUAAUUUUGA